UGACCUCUCACUCCGAGUCCCGAACUCCCGAUCCAGCGCCCACGCCAACAUCAGCCGUCGCCUCCGCCUGCAAAGCCGACGGCCACCUCUCCCACGCCGCCGCCUGUCUUCGCCUCCCCGCGGCGGAGAGGCGAGCACGGGCAGCCAACCUCCAGCAACCUCCCCCAACGUCCGGAUCGAGCCCCAUCCUCCCCCGGCAGCGCCCCUCGUCCGAGAUCGAGCAACUGGUCUUAGCGGCGGCGGGAUUGUUCUGGGCGGCGACGGGAGGCAAGCUGCCGAGGAGGGAUACUCGGAAGGGAAGAGAUUUCACUUUAUGCCACUUCAUGUGUCCGUGCACAAUGGAGUGAUUGGUGCCUUCUGUCUUUGAUUGAGUCACCAUGGGAAGCAGUGGAGCAGACACACCGACUAAGGCGAGCAAGGCAUCUACACCUCAGGAGCAACAGCCACCUGCUACUUCAAGUGCUGCAACGCCAGUUGUUUACCCAGAUUGGACCAACUUCCAGGGAUAUCCUCCAAUUCCACCACAUGGAUUCUUCCCCUCGCCUGUGGUGUCAAGCCCACAGGGCCAUCCUUACAUGUGGGGAGCUCAGCCUAUGAUGCAACCAUAUGGGACUCCGCCGUAUGUCAUGUACCCUCCUGGAGGAAUAUAUGCUCACCCAUCGAUGCCCCCGGGUGCACACCCGUUUGCUCCCUAUGCUAUGGCUUCUGCAAACGGCAAUGCUGAUGCUACUGGAACUGCCACCGCUGCAGCUCCUUCUGCUGGUGAAACAGAUGGCAAGUCCUCUGAAGGAAAAGAGAAAAGUCCCAUUAAAAGUUCCAAAGGAAGUCUAGGCAGCUUGAACAUGAUUACAGGAAAAAACUGUGUGGAACAUGGCAAGACCUCUGGGGCAUCAGCUAAUGGAGCAAUCUCUCAAAGUGGGGAAAGUGGAAGUGAAAGUUCAAGUGAAGGAAGUGAACCGAAUUCUCAGAAUGAUUCACAUCACAAGGAAAGUGGACAAGAACAAGAUGGAGAAAUUCGAAGUUCCCAGAAUGGUGUAUCACGCUCGCCAUCCCAGGCAAAAUUGAAGCAAACCAUGGCAAUCAUGCCAAUGCCAUCAAGUGGUUCAAUGCCUGGUCCAACUACAAACUUGAACAUAGGAAUGGACUAUUGGGCCAAUACAGCAAGCUCUCCGCCUGCAGCUCAUGGUAAAGCAACCCCAACUGCAGUUCCAGGAACUGCAGUCCCAACAGAGCCAUGGAUGCAGGAUGAACGCGAACUCAAAAGGCAGAGAAGAAAGCAGUCAAACAGGGACUCUGCUCGCAGAUCUAGGUUGCGCAAGCAGGCUGAAUGUGAGGAGUUGGCUCAACGUGCUGAAGUUUUAAAGCAGGAAAAUGCGACCCUUAGAGAUGAAGUGAACCGGGUCAGAAAGGAGUACGAUGAACUUAUAUCAAAGAAUAACUCACUAAAGGAUAAACUUGGAGACAAAGAACACAAAACUGAUGAUGCAGAACUUGACAAUAAGCCACAACGUUCUGGUGAUGACAGCCAGAAGAAGGAAACUAAUUGAGCUAUCAUGCAAUGCUACCAGAGAAUAGCCCUAACUAGAUUAUUGGCGGGCGCAAUUGUAGUAUGCGUGUUGACUCCAUACUAAAUUGCAGUUAAUUGUUACCAGGUCGUGGUAAUGUUAAUGCCAACCUUGUGUGGCUGGUUCCUGUUUCAGAUAUGUCUUGACUUAUCUUUUAGAAGUCAAGAUAUGACUGGAAAUGUAGGUUAUGACCCAGCACUGUAUCUGUUAGAAAUAGUUGAUAAACUCAACUUUACAAAUCUGUAUUGCUGACUGCUAUUAUUAUGUAUACCUUAAGAAAGACCAGUAUCUUUUAGUAGUCAGGUUAACAUUUGGCUAGGCUUGCACUGGUGCCUAUGUUAUGUACAUUUGAUUGCAGAAUUUUUUCCUGCACAUUUGAUAUGAUAUAAAGAACAAAGGGGGAACCUUUUCCCUGCUGAUCGCAUCAAA